AUGGCGUGCGCCGGCUGCGAGAAGCCGAUCCUGGACAAGUUCCUCCUCCACGUGCUGGAGCGCGCGUGGCACGCGGCGUGCGUCCGCUGCGCCGACUGCCGCGCGCCGCUGGCCGACAAGUGCUAUUCUAGGGACAACAAAUUGUUCUGUAGGAACGACUUCUUUAGUUCCUUCUCCACGUGCUGGAGCGCGCGUGGCACGCGGCGUGCGUCCGCUGCGCCGACUGCCGCGCGCCGCUGGCCGACAAGUGCUAUUCUAGGGACAACAAAUUGUUCUCACGCGGCGUGCGUCCGCUGCGCCGACUGCCGCGCGCCGCUGGCCGACAAGUGCUAUUCUAGGGACAACAAAUUGUUCUGUAGGAACGACUUCUUUAGGCGAUACGGCACAAAAUGCAGCGGUUGCGGGCACGGCAUAUCUCCCUCCGACCUGGUCCGCAAAGCGCGGGAGAAGGUGUUCCACCUCAACUGCUUCACCUGUCUGGUCUGCAGGAAGCAGCUGUCGACCGGCGAAGAACUGUACGUGCUAGACGACAACAAGUUUAUCUGCAAGGAGGAUUAUCUGGCGGGGAAGGCGCCAACGCAUUCGGACUCCCUCCUCGGCUCAGGGUCGGACGAAGAAGAAGAAGACGAGUCCCGCGCAGCGAACAACUCGAGUAGUCCUGCGCACGCGCCGCACCCAGCGCUACACUCGGACAUCACGCAUAAUGGCGACGCCAAGCCGCAUGAGGACUCGGAGGACCAGGGCUCGUUGGACGGAGACCCAGAGACCCGAGACUCGCAGGCCGAGAACAAGUCCCCUGAUGAUGGCAAUGGAGGCUCCAAGCGGCGGGGACCGAGGACUACCAUCAAGGCGAAGCAGCUGGAGAUCCUGAAGUCGGCGUUCAGUCAGACGCCGAAGCCGACGAGGCAUAUACGCGAGCAGCUGGCCAAGGAAACUGGUCUGCCGAUGAGGGUGAUACAGGUCUGGUUCCAAAACAAGCGUUCGAAAGAGCGCCGCCUGAAGCAGCUCACCUCAAUGGGCAGGGGUCCAUUCUUCGGGUCUUCCCGCAAGAUGCGGGGGUUCCCCAUGAACCUCUCCCCAGGAGGGUUAGAGGAGGGCCCCCCGGGGUUUCCGUACUUCGCGACGGCAGAUGGCAAGUUCGAGUUUGGGUAUGGCCCGCCGUUCCACCAUGAUGCGCCGUUCUUCCAUCCACCGCCGGCAAUGCCGUUCAACCAGCCAGGUCGUUUCGCAGGCGGAAUGGAGUCGCUGCCAGGCGGCGAGUUCCCCGAACAGUUCCCUCCGCCGGAGCACCUGGUCCUCCCGCGGCCAUCCUCCCCCGAGUUCACCUUCGGAGACGCCCCGCCCCCCCUCCACCCCGAGGGUCUGGUCUGGUAGCUGAAGCCGGAGCCGCGGGACUUCCACGACUGAGGCGGCUCGACGGGCUACAAAGUGGACUAUAAUAGUGAGGUGUUCUUUUCAGUUGAGUGAUUGGACAGCGAACCUUUGUGAUAGUGUUUUGUUUAAUCGCGAUUUUUAGGCUGCGUCUCCACUAAGGUGAGUCUACGACGAGCCGAGCACGAGUGGAGCACGAGCUGAGUCUGAAUUCGUGUAGUGUGGACCGACUUUCGAGCCUCGAACGAGCGCGCUUCGAGCAUUUGGCUCGAAUAUUGUCGGUUUUUUGACGUACGUGGCUUUCUGAUGGGUCUUGCAUCGCGCUCUACUACUAUCGAAGAGAGUGAUUGUAAUAGACUCGUUGUACUAUGAGCCACACUUUCAGCUACCCAAUUCGGGUCAUGUCGUCUAUCGCAAAGAAUCGCCAUUAUUGAUGAGAGCGAGAGAAAAAAUGUAAAUGGGCAGCUGGAACUGUGGCCCAUUGUACGUCCACAGCUCUGUACGAGCUCGUGCUCGUAUCGCUAGCAUAGACCUACCUCUAGGUUGCUUUCGCGAAUGGAGCACCGUGCGCGUAGUGUGAACUCUUCAAUAGUAUUAGACAAUUCAAUUUUUAGUUCCAAUGGAAACGCAGCCUUAGUAGAUAUGAAAAACUUUCGUGCCGUCACGAAUGAUUGUGGAUUUUCCUUUUGUCAAGAAAUACUACUGUAAAUCGUAGGUUUUAGUUUUUCGCUUGUAUUAUUAUAAGUUUCUUCUCUGGUGCUAAUAAUUUUAAUCUUUCUUUUCUUAUUUCGAAAGUCUUGACAGAAAUUUGAUGUUUCAACUUCAGUUAUGAAAACUUGUGUAUUUUUCAACCUUUAGCAAUAUCGGAUCUUUAAUAACUUGUAUUAUCUUCAGUUUUUUAUUUAUUCUUAGGAAAUGUGAAUAUGAAGUGUCUCUGUGAAUAGUAAUACUAAAUGUAAAUAUGAUAGAGUUUUAUAAUAACUAUCCAUAAUUUAUUAAGUUAAAAUAUUUAUUUACAAUGGGUUUACAUAAAGUAUAAUAAUUUUGGUUCCUAUUUUAAGAUAGAUUCAGCAAUUACAACGCAUUUUAUUUUGUAUAUUUAUUAUUAAUUUUUAAUUAAUACU